UAUAGACUCCCAGCCCUGCACGUUGCAACCGGUUUGAUUCUGACUGAAUGCACUUUCCUGCAUCUCUUGCAUGGUUUUGGUGAUACUGGGUCAGUCUGCAGCAGUCUGCAAUCCUAGGAGUAUUGGCUGGAGAACAUGGGAACUGGUAGUUCUGUAAAUGCCAACUUCAAGUACUCCCUGCAGAAGUCUGAAAAUGCUUUCAAGGCAGCCGUCCUGAUCCAAAGGUGGUAUCGACGCUACGUUGCUCGUCUGGAAAUGCGUCGGCGCUGCACCUGGCGAAUAUUUCAAUCCAUUGAGUAUGCCUGCGAGCAGGAUCAGAUCAAGCUUCACAACUUCUUCAGUUACCUCAUGGACCACUUCACACCAAGCAGCAGUAAAGAGCGAGAUUUCAUCAGUCGCAUGUUCGUAAGUGGGGAAAGUGUCAAAGAAGCAGAACUAGAAAAAUACUGUGACUAUGAAUCCAUGGAGGUGCCAGGCUCCUACAUUGGACCCCGUCUCUCCUUCCCACUCCUUCCUGACCAUGCAACUGCCUUAUUGGAAGCUUUCAAACAGAAACAACAGCUUCAUGCUCGCUAUGUCUUAAACCUCCUGCAUGAGACCAGGAAGCACCUCAAGCAGUUGCCAAACAUCAGUCACAUCUCCACCUGCUACAGUGAGGAGGUCACCGUGUGCGGAGACUUGCAUGGCCAGCUGGAUGACUUGUUCCUCAUAUUUUAUAAGAAUGGCCUUCCUUCCCCUUCUAAGACCUACGUGUUCAAUGGGGACUUCGUAGAUAGAGGCAAACAGUCCCUUGAGAUCCUCAUUGUCCUCUUUACCUUCCUCUUGGUCUAUCCAAAUGAGGUUCAUCUCAACCGAGGAAACCACGAGGACCACAUGGUCAACUUACGUUAUGGUUUCACCAAGGAAGUCAUGCAGAAAUACAAGGUGCAUGGAAGGAAAAUCUUGAAGAUGAUACAGAAUGUCUUCUGCUGGCUACCCUUGGCCACCCUCAUUGAUGAGAAAGUCCUGAUUAUACACGGCGGCAUCUCUGAUACCACUGACCUGGACAUGCUUGAGAAAAUUCAAAGGCACAAAUUUACUUCUGUAUUGAGAGGGAAGAAGAGAAAGGAGCUGGAGUUCUCCAGGUGGGUGCGGCAGACAGUGCAGGAGCAAAUCGAGCGGUGCCGCCGGCUCGUGGACGUGAGCGAGUCGGAGGAGGAGGAGCUCACCUACUCCAGCUUGGUCUCCAUGACUGACCUGGAUGCGCCGUGCUGGACUCGCCAAGAGGAGUGGAAGCAGAUCUUAGACAUUCUCUGGAGUGACCCCAUGCCUCAGGAGGGCUGCAGAGAGAACACCGUGCGAGGUGGCGGUUGCUACUUCGGGCCUGACGUGACCGCGAAGAUCCUUGAGAAGUACCACUUGCAGUUCCUUAUCCGCUCCCACGAGUGCAAGCAAGAGGGCUACGAGUUCUGCCACAACCGGAAGGUUCUGACCAUCUUUUCAGCCUCCAACUAUUACGAGAUUGGCAGCAACAGGGGCGCCUACGUGAAGCUGGGGCCAGACCUGGUCCCCCACUUUGUUCAGUAUCAGGCGAACAAGACAGCCCACACUCUCACCAUGACCCAAAGAAUCAGCCGCGUGGAAGAGUCAGCUUUCCGAGCCCUGCGGGAGAAGCUCUUUGCUCACACGUCAGCCCUCAGCAGCGCAUUCAAGGCCUACGAUAAGGACGGUACAGGGAGGAUCACGCUGAGCAACUGGGCGACGGCGGUGGAGUCCGUCCUGCGCCUGGGCUUGCCCUGGCGGAUGCUGCGCCCGCAGCUGGUGCGCAGCGCGGCCGACGGCGCCCUCGAGUACCAGUCCUGGCUCGACGACCUGGCGAUGGAGCAGCGCAGCCGGGAGCACAUCCAGUCGGGCUUGCUGGAAGUCAUUUACCGAAACAGAUCCAACUUGGAAACCAUAUUCAGGAUCAUAGAUAGAGAUCACUCAGGCCUCAUCUCAUUUGAGGAAUUUUACCAAACCUGGAAGCUGUUCAGUUCCCACAUGAACAUUGAACUCACGGAUGACGGCAUCAGUGACUUAGUUCGCAGCAUUGAUUUCAACAAGGACGGAAACAUCGACUUCAACGAGUUCCUCGAAGCCUUCCGCCUCGUGAAGCAGUCGCAGUAG